AUGGUUCUGGAUCAUGCCGUUGACGAGGCGGCUCUUAUGGAGGACGAGGCGGCGAACGACGGCGGCGUCGGGUGGGACGAGGACGGCGCAGCGGCGGCGCGACGCGUCCACGCGAAAGCGCUCGCCGCGAUCGCGACGCCCCGGGCACGCGGGCCGAAGAACAACGACUGGAGUAACGCGCGCAAGACUUCCGAGUGGGGUGCCGCUUCUGCCGCCGCUGUUUCGCUUUCUAGUUCGAGUUCGGGCUCGCGCACGGGCUCUAUGGCUGCUGCGGCAGCAGCGGCGGUGCAUGUUUCGCCUGAACGGGGUGGUAACAGCCGGUUGCAUUCGCGAGCGCGAAGCUCUUCGCAGGUGGACGCUGAGCGAAGCUCGUCACCUUGGGGAAGCGGGACGGGGCGAACGGCUGGCGGAGGCGCGGAUGGUGGAAGCGCGGGCGGAGAAAGCGCGUUUGCGGGAGCCAGGAGGGGGAGAGUGGGCGGAGGAGGCGUAGGGGCGGGUUCCGCGGUGGGUAAGCCGACAAGCGCGUUCGAAGCACGUGUCGCGCCGCCGAUGGUGGAGAGGCCGCCCGUACCUGAAGGCCUGCAGGAUCUCUCCUUGUUUUACGGCGCUUCGAGGGAGGAGGUCGCGAGUAGCGACAGCGUUAUAUUUAACCCCGCAGGCGGCGCCGUAACCGAUCAUAACUCGGACAUAGCGCUCCUGAUCAACUCGCCUGCUUCCGUUGCCCCUGCUUCUGCCGCUUCUGCGGGAGGUGGUGGUGCUGCGGCUGGUGGUGGUGGCGCGGCGGAAGCGGCACCACCGUCGCCACGAGGUCUGCAUGUUUCGCCGAAGUCCACGUGGACCAAUCAGAAACCAGCAACGCAGGGAAGAGUGGCAGGUGGCGGCGGGAGGGCUCACGCGGGAGCGGCCGCGGCAGGAGCGCCGGGAAUAGGCGCAUCUGGGGCAGGUGCAUUUGGCGCAGGCCCGAGCGCAAUCUCGCCCAUGGCGGCAGCCGCCAUUCGCGGCGGCGGAUUAUCAGCCAUGUCGCCGCGCCUGCUGAAAUUUCUGGUCGAGGAUAAGCCGGGGGUGGCGGAGCGGGGCGCGGGGAGAGCAGGGGAGGGGAAGCGCGGGGGCGGAGACAGGCGCUUGCGCCAGAGCGGAAGCGGGGACGAGACCGCGGAAGGGAGGGGGGCUGCAGGGGGAGACGAGCAGGGAAGGGUAUCGAUGCGGUCGCGCAGCGGGCCGCUCUCCGCGCGAGCCAGAUCACGCGCCGCUGCGACCAUGAGUGGCGCGUUCCGGAUCCCCGGGCCGCUACACUCCCCGCUUUCCGGCUCCCCCGCGUCGUCCGACUCGGUAUUGUCGUCUCCGCUAGCCCUCCCCGCGCCAUCCCCGUUAGCGCCGUCCUCGAGUUUCGGUAGAAGCGCCGGAGGCGCAGCAGCGGGUGCCGCUCACGGGAGAAGCGGUGCGGGCAGUGCGUCAGUUCCCUCCCCUACGCGCACCUCCCCUACAAUCACAUCUCCCACCAAGCCAACCUCUCCGCUAGGCCCCGCCUCUGCCGCCGCUACCGCGGGGCCGUCCGCGUCUGCUGCGCAACCAUUGGCGGCUCCCGCGGGGUUCCGGCGGCCCGCCGCCCUUGAUCUUGGACGGCUGCUCGCGCCCGGCGCUCCAGGCGGGGAGGAAUCCGACGGCGAGGAUGAGUUCAGCGAUGACGACGCUGACGUCAGCGAGGCCGCGGCUGUACCAGGCCCGGCCGAGCCGCCAGGAUCGGGGAGAGCUGUGGCGACAGGCUCGGGAACAGCCGCCGAUCGCGGGGAGCGGCUGGAGGGGGUUGAGGUGAGGCUGGAGCGGCGGUCGACGGGGAACGCGCAGCACGCGGAGAGGGGAAGGGCGGACGGGAGCCUGGGGAACGCGGAGCGCCCCCGCAGCAGCCCUGUAGGCCUCGACUCGGCACUUAGCUUCGACCGCCGAACCAGCCCUGUAGGUUCGGGCACUGUAGAUAAGUCCGGGUUGGGAGGCGUUGGCGGAGGCGGAGGAGGAGGCGGCGGGGGAGCGGGGGGGAGAGCGGGCGCGGGUAGGGUGCAAAGCACGAAGAGCCCAGCGCGGGCAACGAGGGGCGGGAGUCCGAGUGUUUCGGCUGCUGCUGCUGCCGAGGACGCGUAUAACGCGAACGCGCGAGUCCUCCCUCCGUCGUUGUCGUUUUCCGGGAGUGACUUGGCGAUUAACACCAUCGACCGCCGAACUUCCGCCAAUGAGUACAUUGAUUUCCCCCCGGCGGCUUCCCCCGCCGAUUACUCCCCGGACGUUAACAUCUCCCCCACGCAGCAGGCGCAACAGCAGGCGCAACAGCAGCAGAGGGCUAGCAGUGCCAAGCCUGGCAGGCAGGCAAGCGGACAGGCCGGUAUGGGCGGCCGUACGGGUAAGACUGGAAGCAGCGGAAAUAGCCCGGUAGGCUUGGCAGCGGCGGCAGGUUCGGGGACAGGUUCGGGAGGUUUCGGGGCGGGCACAGGCACAGGCACAAGUGGGGGCAUGGGAAUGCCAAAGAGUGCGACUCUGGACUCGGGCAUGGGCGGAACCCAUGCGGACUCAAUGAAAGCUUCUCAUUUUGACGAUAACGAUAACGAUGACGAUAACGAUAACGAUAACGAGAACGGUAACGAGGAUAGUGAUGAUGACGACGACGCUGUUUUGCUGCUGCCAGAAGACGUUCCGAGCGCCGACGCCGCGGGACCUAGCUCGGCGCGCAGCAAGUCAAAAGCUGCGCCAGCGGCACCGUUAGCGUCAGCGUCAACGUUUACGUCGUCAGCGGUACCUUUAGCGUCAGCGCCCGGGCAGGGUGGGAAGGGGGCGUUUUCCGAGCGCGUGCGCGGGUUUGCGUCGCCCAGGCGCGUGGAGAGACCCCCCGACCCCAUGGACCGCCUCCGCGGAUUCGUCUCCCCGCGCGCACGCAUCCGGGAGGGUCCGGCCGCGGGGCAGAGCGAGGGAAGCACAUUUGGCGCGGAUGCUGGUCGCGCCACUGGCGGUGGGGGCCGGGGCGGGGGAGCGGGGGGAAGGGGUGGCGCAGCAGCGGCGGAGGAGAAUCAACUGGGGGGGACGAUUUGGCAGCAGUAUCAACGGCCGCACGGCCAGCAGCAGCAGCUGCCGCAGCAGCAGACGCAGCAGCAGCAGCAGACGCAGACGCAGCAGCAAGGGGAAACGGAUAGCAAAGGGAACCGCAGGCGGCCGAAUCUGCGGCCGUUACAGCUAGACGCGCUGGUUACCACCCCCAGAGGCCGCGCCCGCACGCACCUCCCCGCGGGGGGUCCUCUUUCCGCACGCGCUGCUGGUCCAGGCCCGAGCAGCAACGUCUUCCGCCAAAGGGGCGCGGGCGGGGGCAGAGGGGGAGGCGCGGGGUGGGAUGGGGACGCGCCAAUGGCAGCGCCUGCAGGAGCGGGGGAGGGGCAGGGGGGGCGGGGGCAUAUGGCAAUGGCUAUGCCUCCCCUUUGGCACAGAAGUCCGCGGGCGGGGGGAAGCGGGUUGAAUCUAGGCGCAAUCACCCCCACUGCUGCUUCCGCCUCUUCCGCCGCGGGUGCAAGCGGGGGGAGAGGCGGGGCGUCUGCUGCUGCUGGUCCUCCGGGAGGGGGGGAGAGAGGGGGGGGCGCGGGAAUGGGGGAGAAUAGCAGCAGCCCUAAGUACUACGUUGCGCUUAAGAGCCCCCGCGCGCCCGCGGAUGCGCCCAGGCGCGCCAAUAAGAGCCCCAAAACGCCCCGCGGGGAGGUGAUAUCUGGGAAAGGCGCGGGCGAGGGGGGCAUGGGCGGAAGCACCACUGCCGGUUCUGGGUGGGGAGGCGGCGGGGCAGGCGGCGGGGCAGGCGGAGGGGGUGGCGGAGGCGGAGGCGGAGGGGGAGGUCAGAGGGAGGGCGGCAAGAGGCGGGGACUGGCGUCAUGGGGAGGCGGGGGAACGCUGGGCGCAGCAGUGGACACUUUCAGCCGCAGCCUGAGCGCCCACCCCGUCAGCCCUAGGGCGGGUCCACCUGGGGCAGGCGCAGGGGGAGGGGGAGGCGCAGGGGGAGGGUUGAUGACAGCGGAAGCUGCAGCCGCGUUUGACGCGCAUGCUAGACGAUCCAUGGCUGCCCCCCCCAACCCUUCCUAUCAUGCGCUCCCUACCCCCUCCCUCCGACCCUCGCCCACAGCUGCUGCUGCCGCCGCUGCUGCGGCCGCUGUCGCUGCUGCUGCUGGUGGCGGGGGCAGCGGCGGGGGGAGCAGCAGCAGCGUGCGAGGGGGUGGGAGCAGCGGCGCUGGCGGUGCUGACAUGGGCGCAGGAGGGGGGGCGGGCGGGGCAGGGGGCGCAGGAAGGGGCGCAGGAGGGGGCAUGGGCAUGGGGAUGGGGAUGGGGAUUGGCAUGGGUGUGUUUCAGCAGGGGUUUUCUGAUGUGACGCGGCGGUAUGAGAUGGGGCGGAAGGUGGGGCAGGGGCGGAAGGGGGUGACUGUAUACCAGUGCGUGGAAAGGCGCUCAGGCAGGCAGUACGCGUGUAAGACUAUAGACAAGGUGACUCUAACGGGGGGCAGGAAAGAGGAGGCGGUUCGGACGGAGGUGGCGAUUAUGAGGAAGCUGCAGGGGCAUCCGCACAUAGUGGAGAUUAAAGAUACGGCGGAAGAUGCUAAGUUCGUGCACAUAAUAAUGGAGAUGUGUUCGGGAGGCGACCUGCUGGAUCACAUCAACACGCAGCUGUGCAUUUCCGAGAGGGAGGCCGCUACCAUCGUGCGCGUGCUCGUGCAGACCAUCCACUUCUGCCACGUCAGCGGCAUCAUGCACCGCGAUCUCAAGCCCGAGAACGUGCUGCUCGGCUCGCCCGGCCAGUGGUGGGACCUGCGCGUGGCGGAUUUCGGCUUUUCUGUGCCGCUCAGAGCAGGCCAGCGCAUGAAGGGGUAUGCCGGGUCGCCCUUCUACAUGGCGCCGGAGGUGCUGGACGGGCUGUACGGCCACGAGGCAGACAUCUGGAGCCUGGGAGUCAUCCUCUACACGCUGCUUUCCCAGAAGCUUCCCUUCUGGGACGACACGGACGCGGGCGUGUAUGAGCUGAUCCGGCGCUGCGAGGUGGACACGAGCACUGGCGUGUGGCCGCUGGUGUCAGGGGCGGCAAAGGACCUCGUGCACCGCAUGCUAACCUUCGACCCCAACCACCGCCUGCCCCUGCAUCUGAUUCUGGACCAUCCAUGGGUGGUCACUAACACGACAGUCGACAUCCCCCGUGUGCCAUCCAGCGCGUCAGUUUCCUCAGAAACUUCCUCUCUCGAGCCGCACUCGUCCGGGCGGCGAAAGAAAGAUAUUGCUCGAUCUGCUGGGACCAUCUUUUCGUCCCGUGCCCAACCGCAAGCCAUGCGUGCUGCUGCCGCCGCCGCUGCUGCUGCUGCUGCCGCCGGUGGUGGUGGGGGGAGUGAUGGUGAUGAUGAUGAGGAGGAGAGUGUGGGAGGCAAGGGGGAGUGA